UCGAGGUAAAAAGAAAUGGAGAUCUCAACGUCAGCCGGAAACCACCAUGGUCCGGGUGGUGACUCUAGGCUUUCUAACUCUACUGCAAUCCUUUGGGCACAGCCAGGGUCACGCGAUUCGACGGAAAGAAGUCAGCUGACUCCGGGUUUGAGAGGCGCUCCGUCGGAGAGAGGCCUCUCUGGCUGCCGCGGCUGUCACCGAGUCCUCUGGCUCUCCUCUUUCCAGAUGUCUUCCGCUUCGUUGCCGUCGGAAGCGGCGGCUCCGUCGGACGCGGAGGCGACGGGGCAGCUGUGGGAACGAGCCUGGUCCCUGGAGGAAGUUCGCGCGGGAAGCCAGAGCUGGUCAUUGGCCGCUGACGCCGGGCUUUUGUGUUUUCUACAAGAGUUCUCCCAGCAGACAAUCUCCAGGACACAUGAAAUCAAGAAACAAUUGGACAGACUGAUCCAUGAAACAAAAAGUACAGAUUGCCGCCUGCACAAUGUCUUCAAUGGCUUCCUCAUGCUGUCGAAUACUCAGUUCAUCGAAAAUAGAGUAUACGACGAAGAAGUGGAAGAACACAUGCUCAGAACAGAAGUGGGAGACAAACCAGAACAGGAGAAAACGCGUGAACAGAAAGAAGCUGAUUUAAUUCCAAAAAUCCAGGAAGCUGUGAAUUAUGGGCUUCAGGUGCUGGACAGUGCCUUUGAGCAGCUGGACAUCAAAGCAGGGAACUCUGAUUCUGAAGAAGAAACUAAUGACAGGAUAGAACUAAUACUGGAGCCAAAGGAUCUUUAUAUUGAUAGGCCUUUGCCAUAUUUAAUUGGCUCCCAGCCCUUCAUGGAACAAGAUGAUAUUGGGCUUGGUGACCUUUCCAGUGAAGAAGGUUCAAUGGACAGUGAUCGUGGGAGCAUGAUUGACAGUGAAGGAAAGGAUGGAGAGGAAUUGGAUGAAGAAUUUGGGAAUUUAAGCGAGGAAGACCAGAAACAAAGAAUAGCAGUGCUGAGUGAUGAAGAUGAGGAUCUUUUUGGUGACUCUGAAAAGGGAGAAGAAGAAGAAGGUGACAUGGAAGAAAAUGAAAGGCUGAAAAAGAAAACGUCCACAUCAUUUACAGAUGAGCUUGCAGCUCGGAUCAAAGGGGAGGUUCCAUGUAAGCAAGCUAAAGAGCAAUCGUCAGAUAUGAAAAACAAGAUACCAUCAAAAGACAAGGAAGAAAUUAGCAUUCCAUCAGAUGAUGAGGAUGAUAUCUUUAAGCCUCCCAGGUUAACUGAUGAAGAUUUCUCACCAUUUGGCUCUAAAGGAGGCCUCUUCAGUGGUGGGACAGGACUCUUUGAUGAUGAGGAAGAGAGUGAUCUUUUUGCGGAAUUGCCAAAAGGAGAAGAUCUGACAGAAAAAGAAGCACGAGUCCCAAUAAAUGAUGAGCCAUCAUCAAAAACUAUAAGGAAAGUUCCUGCUGGAGCCGUUUCUCUCUUUCCAGGUAGGAGUGAUGUCUUUAGUCCCUCCUCAUUUCUAAUGGAGAAAGAAGACAAGAAGCCGACAGAACCAAUGGAAGAUAAAAAUCCUAGUGCAAGUGUCAGCCUAUUUGAUGAUGGUGACUUGGAGUCAAAUAAGAAAUGUUCAAUUUCAGCCAAAUACGCAGCUGAUCUUUUUGAAGAUGUUGAGGGGAACCUGUUCAAGGAAAAACCUGAUACUGCCAAUACUGGAAGCUAUGCAGCUGAAGAAAAUAAAGAAUUUAUAACAGGAGACAAGAGGCAACAAUCUUCUGCUGAAAACUUCAAGCCUUUAACUCAGACACCUUCCAGAGACCACAAAAGCCUGUUUUCUGAUGAAGAGGAUUCUGAACAGGAUUUGUUUUCUUCUAAUCAGUCCAUAAAAUCAAAGAGCUCAUCUUUUUCAUCUAGCAAAGUAACAACAAAAGCACCGCUAUCUCUAUUUGAGGAUGAGGAUGAAGAGGAAUUCUUUGGGUCUUUGCCUAAGAUACAAGUGUCAAAACCACUCCAAGAGAAAGCAGCAAGUUUGCUCUUCAGCAGUGAUGAGGAGGAUCAUUGGAAAGAAGACAAAUCUGCAUCUCAGUGCAGCCAAAAGAAGGAAGCUACAAAGUCUGUGAGUGCUGUCAGCCACACUAUUAACAAGAGGAGCCUCUUUGAGGAAGAAGAGGAUUUGUUUGCUGUAACUAGAGACAGUCAAAGAAAACCUCAGAAACCUGCUCUGCUAUUCGAAGAUGAUAUUGUAAAUGGAGACUCUCUCUUUGAUUUGAAACCAUCCCAUCUUCCAUCCAGUGUCCAAGCAAUAACGGCAGAUUUGCUGGGAACACCUCAGGAGACUCUAGUAAAAAAGAAGGUAGAAUCUUUGGAUGAACCUGAUGCAUUCCCCACGUUUGAUCCUGAAGAUGAAGAUGUAGCAGAGCAGCAAAGACAGCCUCGUUUGGAGAAAGAUGCCAAGAGAAAGGUUAAAAGUGUAUUCAGCUUGUUUGAAGAAGAAGAGAAAAAUGAAGAUACAGAUGUUAGUAAGAGCACACAGAAGGAAAUGGCAAUGCCUCCAGAGAAAACUGUGUGUCCCAAGAGUACAGGAGUCUUCCAAGAUGAAGAACUUCUCUUCAGUCAUAAGCUGCAGAAAGACAAUGAUCCUGAUGUUGAUCUUUUUGCCAGCAACAAAAAAGUGGUUCCAAAGCCAAGGGUAAAACUGUCAUCUGGAGGAGGACUAUUUGGGGCUGAUGAUGAAGAUGAUAAUGAUGGUCUCUUCAGUUCAGCGAAAGCAAAGCCUCUGGUAGCAGAAAAGAAAACAGUAAAAAAGAAGGGCAGCACAAUCUCUUCUGUGGAGGACGACAGUAAAAUUCUGGAUUGUGAUCAAAGUGCCAACCAAGAAGAAAAAUCAAGUCUGGAGGCUGUUGAGAAAUCCACUGGCCCUGCUGCGAGUAAACAUAAAGAACCUUCGUCUCGGAUUGGAAAACUACAAGCAAAUUUGAAUAUUAACCCAGCAGCUUUGCUGCCAACUGGGACUUCAAAUUGCUCUAUUGUGAAACCACCUCCUCUAUAUCCAGAGACUCCAUGUCAUGAGCCUCAGGGCGUGCAACUUAUCAAAAAGCCCUCUGCUACAAGAAGCAGUGAAGAGAUGGAAGUCAGUUUUGAUGAUCCAAUGCAAGCAGAAAUUUUACAAAACGUCAACAAGGGCAGAAUCAAGAUGACUGGGAAACGACCACCUACCAGAACUGCCAGGCGACUAGCUGCCCAAGAGUCCAAUGAGAAUAAAAAAAUCAUUGCUGAGGACUCAUCCCUGUCUCUCUCAAAGGAAAGCUCUGUGCCCCCAGCCACACUGUAUGAUGGAAGGUGUAGAGAGCAAAACACUGACAAAGCUAAUUUGCCACCAUUGAUCAACAGCAGUAAUCAGCUGUGUGAGACGGAUGGGAGCCCUGUCUCAAAAUCAACAGCCCUGUUUGAUGUAGAUGAUCUUUUUGAAUCUAGCAAUUCUUCUACUAACAGCACAGUGUCUAAAGAGGUCUUGCAGUCAAAGGCAAAAGCAAAAAUGGAAACUCUGGCAACCCAAGUCCCAAGACCAUCUAUGCCAUUGGCACUGGGUGAUCCAAAUUGUGAAGUUAUCUUCCAUCCUGUAAAGCCUUCAAAGAAACCCAGCCCUGUCUCUUUCCUGGAGGACCAAGAGGAUCUCUUCACUAAUAAAAAAACGGUGAAGAGAAAAGAUCCCAAAACCCCUACUCAGUCAAAUCAGGACCCUCCAAUGAAAGAUAUUUUUGAGGAUGAUAUAUUUGCAUCAGAAGCUGUUAAGCUGCCUGUCAAAACAAAAGAACUGGAAGUAAAUCUUUUUGAUGAUGAUGUUGACAUCUUUGCUGAUCUUGCUGUAAAACCUAAAGAAAGGAGUGCCAAGAAGAAGAUGGAAGCUAAAUCUAUAUUUGAUGAAGACACAGAUGAUAUCUUCUCACCAAGCAGUCAGUCCAAGACAUCAACCAAAAAGGCCCUAUCAUUUCAGACAGUUUCAGAAACUAAAACUGAAUUCAGAGCGUCAAGCUCCUUUGAAGACCCACUUAAUGCAUUUGAAGACCAGUAAAGAUGUGACUGCUGACUCUUCUGUAACCCUUAUUUUGCCCAGCACUAAUUCUCUUGCUUCCUAAUCAAACAGCUGUGAAUAUUCCUAGACUCACAUACCUAAAUAUUUUCCCUUCAUCAGAUAGCAUUGUAAACACAAUCUCAACAAGCUUUAGCAAUCCUGUUCUGAUUAGCUUCUCCAGUCCCUUGCUGAUGUAAUCUAUUGUACAAAGUAUAAAUUUUAUUAAGAAUCAUUGAUAAAUGGCAUUUGUGAAACUGUUA